UAUAUGUUGAUCCGUAGUCUCGAAUAUAAAACAUAAGAGAUGUGAGAGCACACAGUGUUGUUGUUGUAUCACAAUUUAAUCGGAGUCGAUCAGUUUCCCAGCUGACAGCGGUGGGCGAGCUGGGUGUAAACAACGGGCUACAUGCUUCAUUACACACUGUAUGAAGAGUAAACUGGUCUCACAUCGACUGGACGUCAGAUAACGACGUAUAACAUGAAUAUCAGACUGACAACAAGAGCAUUUUGUCAAGUAUUUAUUGAAGUUAGUAGUAUAUUGAACAGGCAUCAGCAGAGUCACCUACUUUGUCCUCGCUCCGUGUCCUCGGCGUCUCAACGACAGCCUCCCGAACAGGUAUGGCAUUUUACAGCAAAGUCCUCCGUGUUUAGUCUUUAAAACAUGAGCGUUACAUAAAAAGAACGUGACAGAGAGGCUAAGCGAUGGAAAUGUGCAUUUCCUAGUUAGUCAGACGGGUCCUGAGAGGCAACUCGAGGCCACUCCUACGGCACAUCUGCCUCAUGCACGCGUACCAAAACCAGUUAAUUCAAAAACCAGUUAAUACCGCACACCGGAUGUCAGCUGGUUGCAAACACAGAGAACGACCGCAAGUACUUCUAGGAGUUGAAGUCUAUAUAUUUCGCUACUUUGUUUAAUCCAUUAAUAAGAAGAUAAAUUACUUUAUUAAUCUCGCUAGGGGAUAUUUUUUUCCCCUACAGCGUAAUUUAUAGAUACAGAUAAAUCAAUAGUUAAUAUAAAAAAAUGCACAAUACAUACAACACAAUAUAAUAACUAACUAAACAAUGGUGCAAAGAUCAAGAAAAACAAACAAACAACAGCAUGAUUAGUAAUUUGAUAGCUAGACAAUUUAGACGCCUGUGUAGUUUGCAUAGGAUACAUUUCAAUACCUGAAUGCCUGAAUGUCAUGCUUUGGUAAAACAAUAAAAAAGACUCAGAAUGUAAAAAGACUGAUAACAAACUGAUUUUGUAAAAGCAUUUCGUUAAACAACAUCAGUAUAACAGACAUGUGUACAAAAUAUGAACAUUUAUUCAAAAACAGUAAAAAUAGUACACACUUAAGAUUACUUACUAGCUUCUGUCUUUCUUUACCCAUAGCCUCCAUCAGCAAAUCAAGUUAGAUCAUGAAGAUAAUUAAUUUACUUACAUUUGUAUAGAGCAUUCUUUACAUUCUUUCAAAAGAGAUGUAUUCUCGCAGAAGAGAGAAUGAAUGUAAAAAAAACAAGGACUCAGAAGACAGGACACAGUACAAAAUGUCUUCAGAGGAGCCGUGUAUUUUCCACUUGUCUUUGAGUUUUUUCAUACAUUAUCCUCGGGCUAUACAUUUUAAGGUCUGCUUUUUUUUAAGUGACAGCUUUUAAAUAUUGUUCUAUGUUGUUGAGCUCAAAACGAGAUCACUCUCAGGACAUUGGGAACUAACUUAUUAUUUAAUGAGUUUAUUAACUUAUCUUACUAACCAGUUGCCAUUCAAAUCAGAAUCAGCUUUAUUGGCCAUGUAUAUGUGCAGAUACAUGGAAUUUGACGCUGGUUUCACGUACACUCUCAUUGUACGUACAUGUCAUUUAUAAAUAAUAGGAUAAAUAUUAAAAAAGGCAUUGAAGACAUCAGAAUAGCAACAAUAAAAUAACAAUUUGGGGCACUUAAAAUGUAUUUAAUUUCAAUGCUACUGAUUACCAAUGAUGACAGAUGGAUGUACAUAAAUAACAUUUUAGUAAUUUAUCAGCGACAGGAGAAGGCUUGGUGAAGUAAUAAGGUAAUUUUCACCUGCUCAUAUAACUGUACAGCCAAACUCACGGAUUUGACUUAUUAUUACUUGAUGGUGUAUUGCAACAAAUCAUUUUUAACAGUAAUGAUAUUGUGGGUGACAAUACAUUUAGAUAUUUACAUUCACAUAAAAAAGAAACAAUGCAAUGAUGUUACAACAUUUUUGUUCUGAAUACCUUGUAGUCAAAUUCGUAAUUUGUGAUAUUGGGCUAUAUAAAAUUAAACUGAAUUGAAAUUGAAUUAAAUUUCCGGUUCAAUGUUGUAUUGUCAAUAACAAAUAAAGGUAAAUGCGAAGAACAAUAAUUGUUGAAAAAUUGUUUGAACUAUUGCUAUUUUUUAGACAGGAAUUUGCAACAAUUACAAUACCAACUGCACUGCUUACCUUAUUGUGGCUCUUGUCUUUUAGAGCUCUGUGUCAAACAUGUUUUAGUAGUCCUAGCAGUUUAAAGUCCUUUUGGAUUUUAUUUUAUAGUUUGCUCACAUGAUGCAAAUGUCCGAAAUAAAGUAAUGCUUCAUCAAAUUACCAUAUACAAUACAGAUCAAACCAGCACAGUACAUAGUUGAUUUCUGGGUUUCUGUGCAGAUCAUUGACUGUAAUUCAUAACAAUUUAAAUAUUUAAUGUCUGAAGUUUACACUUUGCAUAAUAUAAAUGUGGCGGUGACAAGAAAAUGCACAGAGGACGGCACAUUGGGUGUUUUAGGCGGUCUUCAUUGUCUUAACCCUCCUGUCGCCUUCGGGUCAAUUUGACCCGAUUCAAUGUUUAAUGUCGGUGUUCUUUCGGGAGUCAACAAACAAACAUAAAGUACCUCACACUUAAACUUGGAAAACAAUAUUAAUUCUAAUAAUUUUCUGGAGAUUUUAAUAGCUGGGGUCAUAUUGACCUCAAGGGUAAAAUAUGUUAGUAAAUAUAAAGGUAACAGGAGGGUUAAACAUUGAAUCGGGUCAUAUUGACCCGAAGGCGACAGGAGGGUGAAACAUUGAAUCGGGUCAAAUUGACCCGAAGGCAACACAAGGGUUAAGAAGAAAGAACAUUUAUUAACAUUAUUAAUGCAAUAAUAAUUAUUCUGUAUCAUUAUUAAAAUAUGUUGUUCUGUACCUAGUUGUAGUCCAUGGAUAGGUGUCUAUCCGUACUCUAAUGACCGAAAGCACCGGAACUGCCUUAAAUGCACCUGGGACAUAGCUCACGUUUUUACCAUUACAGGUACACGUUGCCUCCCUGCCCUUACGCCUGUGCUGUCACACGAGCGACUCGAUUUCCCAGAAAUCCACUCUGCGCGUGCGCAGAACGCGGUGCCUGACAGUGGUAAACAGACGUCAGAAGGGAGUCUUCGCCUCGAGUCAAAACAAAACAAAACAAGUCAAAAAGAACCUGAAGAAUUGAGUAUUUGGACAGCCACAAUCCCAAGAAGUUUUUCGAGACUAAUAGCGGAUUGAAACCGUUCGCUUGGAGGAAGUUAUUUGAGGCUUUUUACGGACUUUUCCACGGAUUGUAAACUCUGGAGUAGCAGGAGCUUAACCAGCUAACGUUACGGUGGCUAUCGAGCCGUUCUCAAAGUGCGGCGGCUGGGAGCCGACGGACCUCCGGGGCGACCCGACUUCUCCCAACCGUGAAUUUGCUUCGUAGUUGGUUCACCGAGAUCGCGGGGGGGAUAUCUUCGCUCCGGGCCUCGGUUGAGGAGGGUUUUGUAUCCGACUUUUCGAGCAUCGUGUGCCGCGGCAAGAGUGGAGAAACAUGGCAGAUGGUGACAUGCGCCUGGUCGCAAUGUGGCGGAUCGUGCGAACCUGAAGCGAGGACUUCUUCUCGUGCGCACGUUUCUCCCAUCGUCCCACUUUUAUCGGUAAAGAAACACUAUUGAUAAUUUCUUAAAACUGUUCGGGAUUCCUCUGGUUGUUUAUUUUUUUAGCAUAAAAGGCCGAAGAGACUCUGAUCUAUACUGAGUUUUGGUUGUUUUUUUAAAGUCUUUUUUUUGUUGAGAGUUGGCUAACAAAACCUUUUUUUACCGGUAUAAUUAAUUGUCUUGUGUUUUUACACUUCCCUUCAAUUUAACCGGACAGCUCUUUUUGUGAGGCCGUUUGUAUUUUCAAAGUUGGUGUGGAGGAUCGUCGGCUCGCGCGCACACAUCACGUUGUUUACAAGUGGAUCCUUUGUAACAGUGGCCAGCUAAUCCUCGUGUGUAGUCCUCUUCUGUAUCGUUACAGUAAAUAACAAAGUAAUGAGAAAAUAUACACACCGUUGUAAAAAUUUGGUACGAAAUCAUCUUUAAUUUACAUUUAUUAAUAUAAUUACAUUUUGUGACAUUUUUAAACUAUACUUCUAAUAAAGUUUACCAUUUAAACGUAUUUAAAUCUAGUACUUAUUGACAGGAAUGGCGUUAUUUUGUGUCUGUAUACCUUUAAGAUUUUGGUAGACCUAUUUAUUAUUUUUCAAGUGAGCCAACUGUGGAUCCAGAUGUGUUGGUGCAUAUUGCCACUGACACUUUUGUUUUUGUUUAAUACAAACAAAGGAACUCUCAUCCCAGCCAGUCCAUAUAAAUCGGAAGGUUUAUGAUAGUUACUAUUAAGGAGAUUAUUUGGGUUCCCUAAUCUCCAAUCUGAGGAUUAACCGAGGCUAUUGGCGUGUCCAGAUUACGUCUGCUCUACAGGCCCCUCUGUUUACACCCCGCAGGGACUGAAGCAUAUUGUUUUUGUGUCACGGAGUUCCUCUUUUAAGCGCAUCUUCCACUCAGAGUUUACUUGACUUUCGAAGGUCGAUGUUUUGAGUGUUUUUUUUGGGUUGAGUGGAAGUUCAGAGGACUGCCAUGGAGGAGUCCUCAGUGCCCCCGAUUGACCCCGACUUCGAGCCGCAGAGCAGACCCCGCUCCUGCACGUGGCCGCUGCCGAGGCCCGACAUCUCAGCUGUCAAACCCGAGGGGCCGGAUGGCUCCGAGUCCGCCGCCGGGACCCCGCCGGCGGACGAGGACAAGGCCGAGCCCCAGCAAAUCACUUCCGAGCCGGAGAAGGCUGCGGCGGGGGCCGAGGGAGGGGUCGUGUCCGGCGGGGGCGGAGCCGGCGCCACGCCCCGCAAAGGAUCAUCCCGGCGCAACGCGUGGGGGAACCAGAGCUACGCUGAUCUGAUUAGCCAGGCCAUCGAGAACUCACCUGAGAAGAGGUUAACCCUGGCCCAGAUCUACGAGUGGAUGGUGAAAACCGUGCCUUACUUCAGAGACAAAGGAGACAGCAACAGCUCAGCCGGCUGGAAGAAUUCAAUUCGCCACAACUUAUCACUCCACAACAAGUUCUUGAGGGUUCACAAUGAAUCGACUGGCAAGAGCUCCUGGUGGAUGCUCAACCCAGAAGGAGGGAAGACCGGGAAAGCUCCUCGCCGCCGGGCCGCCUCCAUGGACAACAGCAGCAAACUGCUGAAGAGCCGCAUGAGGGCCAAGCAGACGAAGAAGCAGGCGGGAGCAGCCGGCCUGGGGGGCGCAGGAGGGGCUCUGCAGGGCGAUGGCGGCACAGGUUCAGCCGGGGCAGACAGCCCGAACUCGUCCCAGCAGUUCCCCAAAUGGGGGGUUAACAACGGCAGCCCGUCGCCCCGCGGCAGCCUGGAUGACUCCGACAUGUGGACCACCUUCCGCCCGCGCACAAGCUCCAACGCCAGCACCCUGAGUGGACGUCUGUCCCCCAUCGCUCCUGGACAGGAGGACGAUGAUAACCUGCCUGAGGACGGGCUGCUGGGGAGAUACUCUGCAAGCAGCUUGACCCCGACUCUCACCGAGACCCUGAUGGAGGAGCUGGAUCUGAUCGAUGGCCUCACGUUGCUGACAGAGCAGCAGGGAGGGGCCAGUCCCAGUUCAGCCCCACCAGCACCUCCAACCCCGCUGCCCUCCGCCUCCACCCUGCUGCCUCGUGGGUCCAGCUUCUCCUCCUUCCAUCCUCUGCAACCAUCCAGCCUCCCGCAGGCCCCAACUCACACCGGGACCCAGGUCUCCGUCUCUCAGUGUGGAAUGAGCAGCAAAGAGCCCUCAAGCUUCAGCAACUCCCUCUUCAACCCCAUGUCCGGCUCUGGCUCUCGUGGGGGCGGCCAUUACAGCACCCACGUGCCUUCCAGCCUGGAGGUGCUGCUCACCUCCGACUCCCCUCCUCCGAGUGAUGUCAUGAUGACUCAGGUGGAUCCCCUCAUGCACAGUGGGGGGGUGGGCCUAAUGGGACUGGGCGCAUCCGUGAGGUCCAAACCCAACCAGCUGCUGUUGGGUAAAGGGCUGGAGCCCAACACCGUGGCCCCCAUGGUGCUGCAGGCUCAGAUGCAGCAGCGUCACCUUCAACAGCAGCAGCAACAACAACAACAACAACAACAGCAGCAACAACAUCAGCAACAGCAUCAACAGCAACACCAGCAACACUCUCAGUUGGGGUUGGGGAUGAUCCUCUCGGGUAUGUCUCAGGACCCGUCACAGCUCUCGGCCCUCAAAGUGCCAGCGGUGGUCUCUCACCACGGAGGGCCCAUCGGCUCAGCCAAUCCCGGCGCGAGCCUGCUGGGGAUGAGUCAGUUCGGAGCUCCGUCCUGCUCCAUGGCCGGUCAGGACCGACUGCCCACAGAUUUGGACAUUGACAUGUUCACUGAAAACCUGGAUUGUGACGUGGACUACAUCAUCAACAGUGACCUCAUGGACGGAGAUGUCAUCGACUUCAACUUUGACCCUAUUCUGCCUGGAGGCCAAGGCUGCGCCGGCCCAGCUACCACACAGGGCUCCGCUCACAGCUGGGUGCCAAGCUAAUUCCUUGACUGACCACACAGAGUUAGCCAGGUACACUGAUCACCAGUUACGUCAGAUAUUGUUUAGUCGAGAAAAUGUCAGAAUAUAUAUAUAUAUAUAUACUAUAUGAUUUAAAGUACAUGAUCACCAUGAAGCCCAUAAUCUGGGCAAUCGGCUCAAAUGACUUUCAGGAACUUUUCCCCAAUCAAGAAAACCCUCACAAAACAACCGGUGCGUUCCUCCUCUCUGCGGGCGGAAGAUAAUAUCUUCAAAUCCGACGUUACUCUCUGGCCUUUAAGACAAGAUACCCCCCCCCCCCCACCACCACCACACUCGUGUCAUGUGCCAAGACAUGCAGAGGACAGGGAGGAGCUUCAGGCUACUAUGCACAAUAUGAUUUCCCUUUUUAGAAAAUGUAACACUUGCAACAAUUAGGCUGCUCGCCAUUUUUUCUUCUAAUCCAAACUGAUGAGUUUUAAAAGACGUGUUAUUAAGAGUAAAAAGACAAAUCAUGAACUCCCCUCUGCUGGGAGUUUAUAUUUUAGUUAUGGUACACCAGAAUAGCUUCAGUUGGAAACGGUACGCGAUGGCGUUGGUGUUGAAGACUCGAUGGACUGAUGCCUUUUUGGAGAAAUGGCCAGUUUCCCAUUGACACGAGCAUGAAGCACCAGACCGAACACCGACCUCGGCGCAGUCGCUCUGCUGCUCCGAGGUCGCGUUUUAUCACAGGCGUCAGAUUGUGAACAGGUGGAAGAUGGAAGACUGCACGACUGGAGGUAUAAAAGGCUCGAUUCAACAUUUGCCCCACAUCUCGCACAAUUUUGGACUACGAUUACGUGUACGAAUUGUCUCACUUCGGAGAAAGAAAGGAUGAUUCAUUUUUAUUUUCUGCAAUGCAAUUUAGUGAUUCAGCAGUCAAGAGGGUGUAUUUUCAGUUUGGAUUUAUUUUUGACUUCAAUCUAGUGUGUAAUGGUAGUUAGAGGGAGCGUGUUUUUCAUUUUUUUCAUCCCUGAUGUGCAGUUAGACUAACAAAAUGAAGAAAUGUAACUUGUGAAUUUACACACGGGGCAUUCAAGGGUAAAUUUAUUUGCCAACAAGUGAUUGGUUGGCCAAGUAUUAUAUUGUUUUAGACAGCAGUAUGCCUCUACUUUCUUCUUCCUCUCUGUUUUCAUUGAGCCUGUGUAUUUUCAAAACAGCACUUAGGUUUCCUGUGACACAGGGACCCCAAACCUAAGCGACACAUUAGGUUAUACCAUUUCAUUAAAUGAGUUUAAAUCCUGUAAAAAAACAAUUUCAAAACCAUCGUUGCACAUGCACACGGUGUCACGCUAUGCAGAUUUAUCAGUAGAGCUAAAUGAGAUCUUGAAGGAAAUUUGAAAAAUCCUUUCUUGAAGGGUUUUGUUAUUGAACAUGUUCCUGAUAUUUUGUUCGUGGUUUGAGGGGGUGCUUCAUGACAAAACAUUCUCUCACACUUUAAUUAUUCAGUUAAUUCAUUCUCUUUGUGAAAAGUGCAAAAGAAGAAUAUAUUUGAUUAGUUUUAAUAUACAAUUUAGAUGGAAGUAAUAAAUUAGAUAUUAAUACAUAUGAAUAUAUUACUAAUGACAAGUGUUUUUUACAUUGGAGGAAGCAUUCUCAGAUCAUUUGUAAUGGUAAUUUUCUAUACUUGUAUUUUUGUAAAGGAUGAGUGGCAUGUAGAUUUUUUUAUGUCACCAAAGGAACACUAAUAUUUACAUUUGCAUGGCAUUUAGGGAGCACUUGGGCCUGACACAGUAUCUCGGUGUACAUAAGCUUUGCAAAAAGAUGCUUGUAACGUGAAAUCUGACUUUGAGUGGAGCGAGGCAUCAAUACUUGACUAUUUUUAACAAAAAUUCCCAAUGAUCUGCCUCAUUAUUUUCUGCAUUAAUUGUGAAGCCAAGGAAAUAAAAAAUCUCCGCAGAAGCAUGGCAUGACGAAAGAAAAACCUUUAUCGUCCUACUUUUCAACAUGUCGUCGCAUUCUCAUCUCAAAAUGAGACUAAUACAACCGUUACCUCUCAGGGUCGCUCAGAAAAACAAGAGGAAAACAACUCCGCACAGAUGGAAUUGUGUGAAAAUAGCAAAACAAAUAUUUAUUAUACACAUGUUGUCCAUUACAACAGACUGGAAACCGUCGUUUGUGUGUUUUGUUUUCUUGGAGCAGUUUAUCUUAAAAAAAAAGAGUUGACCUCAAAUUUGAUAUAUAUAUUUUAGCUCUCCAGCUAUGUACAUCAGUACUAUACUAUUCCUUGAGUUUUAUUUUGACUGCCAAUAUUUAAAACACUAUAGCAUGACUUUACUCUUUAGCAAGAUGGACUUUAUUCUGUCAUCUUCCCCCUUACAUUUUAUGUUUUGUGUUUGUAAUUACUUUUGUUAAUAAUUGUCUGUUUUUGUUAUCCGAAAUAACCUCCCAGCAGUUUAAACUCUUUCAUUAUUUCACUGUAACUUUGUGAAUAUGGUUGUCUCUGAUUUUUAUAAAACACUCUUUUUUGUUGUUGUACUUUUCUAAUGGUGCUAGAUGUCAUUUCUGACGUAUUCUGCAGUACGGCAGAAAGCUAUGGGUGCAUAUCAGGGCCUUUUGAAUCGUCUGUAUCCAACACAAGGAUCUUGAUAUGGUGUUAGUUAGAAAUUAGCACGUGAUCAAGUCUUUCCCCUUCUUUGUCGUGGAUAUAUAUAUAUAUGUGUGUAUAUAUAUAUAUGUGUAUAUAUAUAUAUCCCCUCUAAACUGGUCAUUAAGUUGAUCUGGAAACAGGUCAGCUUCUUCAAACUGCAUGAUUUUAUUAUUUUAAAUUAAUAUUAAUAUUUUUAUAUUUUUAUAAAGUUGUAUAUCCAACAACUCUGUUUCUCAGAACUAAUGUCCAGGUGUUGGACAUACUUCAACAUGUAAAAGGAGCAGCGGUUGGUUGGAUGUCUCUAGUUUACUGGACAUGUGUGGUGUUAUUACUUCCCUUUUAUUUCCCCUUCUAUGUAAUAAUUCUCUUCAUUUUUUGUUCUUCAGUUUUUUUUAAGUAGCAGUUAGUCCAUAUGUUUGUUUUCAAAUUUUAAAAGCCCCAUUUAAUACAGUAUUUUACUAUUCGGCAAGGGUUUUUUCUUCCUGAGGGAGGUUGGGUGGACAAGGAAUUAUGAGUUGUGCAUAAGCCAAUUAUGUUUAUGAUUUUUGAUUAAUGCUUAUAGUUUUUAAGACCCCCAAAAUCAGUCUCUUUAAAAAAUGUAAAGUCAGCCAGAGAUGAACAGUUCUGAACAGCAGAAAUAAAUUCAAUAAAAACUGUUUAACCCAC